CUCCUCCCGCAUGCCCUUCCCCGCCGCCCCCUCACCUCCGGAGGAGAGCGCCCGCAGUGGACAGGUCGCUGCCCCGGCCCGGGCGGGCUCCGGCCGCCUCCGCAGGUGGUAAUUCCUUCUGCUGGCCUUUUUAUGUGGACCACCUUCUGUCCUGUUCAGCCCAUAUAAACUGUGAUUUAAAUGUAGGCUCUCAGUCUGGUGUAAAGCUGAUGGAUGGGAGCAAAGGUAAAGAAUGAUGUAAUGCAGCAGCAGCCAGAAAGCAUCUUUUGUGUGAAUUGUGAAAUGGCUACUCCGUAGUCAUCUCCCGAUGAAUCAGCCGUGAGGGGCCGCUUUGUGGAGCCAACCCUUUGUACAUCAACUGGAAGCAGGAGGAGACAUUCAGUCCUAGAGCUCUUUCUGAAAAUGGAAUUAACUUUUCUUUUGCCAGUCACUACCAGCAUGACCUCAUACACUUCUAGUACAAUGCUGUGGCUAAGCCUUUGAGUACACAGCCAUUACAUCAUCGCAGCAAAUUAGAGCGGGAGGUGGGGAGAGAGGCCUCCUUGUUGUCAUGGCCGAUGAGAUGAUCAGGACCCAACUCAUAGUCGCCGAGAAGUUGGUGGCUUUGCUGGAGAGCGGCGCAGAGAGGUUGCUGCUGAUUGAUAGCCGCCCCUUUGUGGAAUACAACACCUCCCACAUCCUGGAUGCCAUCAACAUCAACUGCUCCAAGCUCAUGAAGCGCAGGCUGCAGCAGGACAAAGUUUUGAUCACCGAGCUCAUUCAGCAUUCAGCGAAACACAAGAUUGAAAUUGAUUGCAAGCAGGAGGUGGUGGUGUAUGACCAAAGCUCUAAAGAUGUGACCUCUCUCUCAUCUGACUGCUUUCUUACUGUGCUCCUGGGCAAACUGGAGAAGAAUUUCAGCUCUGUGUAUCUGCUUUCAGGUGGAUUUGCUGAGUUCUCCAGCUCUUUCCCUGGUCUCUGUGAAGGAAAAUCCACACUCAUCCCUACUUGCAUUUCUCAACCCUGCCUACCUGUUUCCAACACUGGCCCAACUAGGAUCCUGCCUCACCUCUACCUUGGGUGUCAGCGAGAUGUCCUCAACAAGGAGCUGAUGCAGCAGAACGACAUUGCCUACGUCCUGAACGCCAGCAAUACUUGUCCAAAGCCUGAUUUUAUUCCAGAAUCCCAUUUCCUCAGAGUGCCUGUGAAUGACAGCUUUUGUGAGAAAAUUUUGCCUUGGUUGGAUAAAUCAGUCGAUUUUAUAGAAAAAGCAAAAGCAUCCAAUGGCCAUGUGUUGGUGCACUGUUUAGCUGGGAUAUCUCGCUCUGCCACAAUUGCCAUUGCAUACAUCAUGAAAAGAAUGGAUAUGUCCUUGGAUGAAGCUUACAGAUUUGUCAAAGAAAAGAGGCCAACCAUUUCUCCCAACUUCAACUUCCUGGGCCAGCUUUUGGACUUCGAGAAGAAGAUCAAGGACCAGAGCGGUCCGCCCGGCCACAUCAGCAAGCUGAAACUCCUGCACUUGGAGAAGAGCAGCGAGCAGGUGCAGGUGCUGGAGGGGGGCCAGAGCAGCCUCUCCAGCAGCCAGCUCUGCCUCUCCGCCGCCUCGGAGCUGCUGGAGCCCAAGGCCGCGGACAGCGGCUCCGGCCCCCGCGGGCACGCGGCGCCGCUGGAGGACGGCCCGCUGGUGCAGGGCAUCAACGGGCUGCACGUCUCCCUGGACAAGGUGGAAGACAGCAACCGGCUGAAGCGCUCCUUCUCCUUGGAUAUCAAAUCCGUGUCCUACUCGGCCGGCAGCGGCUGCGUGACCGCAUCGGUGCAGGGCUUCGCCUCCUCCGAGGACACGCUGGAGUACUACAAACACGCGGCCGCCCUGGAGGGUAGCGGCAAGCUGUGCCAGUUCUCCCCCGUGCAGGAGGUGUCGGAGCAGAGCCCGGAGAGCAGCCCCGACAAGGAGGAGGCGGCGCGGCCCCGGGAGGCGCCGGGCCCGUGGCCGCUGGACGGCGCGGCCUCACGGCCACACGCGGGCCGGGCCGGCGGCAGCGCGGCCGCGCCUCGGCCCCUGCUGUACCCCCUGCACCGCAGCGGCAGCGUGGAGGACACCUGCAGAACGAACUUCGUGUUCGGGCUCUCCACCAGCCAGCAGCACCUGGCCAAGUCCGCCGCGGGGCUGGGCCUCAAGGGCUGGCACUCGGACAUCCUGGCCCCGCAGCCCUCGUCCCUCACCAACAGCUGGUAUUUCGCCGCCGAGUCCUCGCAUUUCUACUCGGCCUCGGCGGUGUUCGGGGGCGGCGCCGCCUUCCCCGCCUACAGCUGCGGCCAGCUGCCCUCGGGCUGCGAGCAGCCCGGCGCCGUGCGCCGCCGGCCCCGCCAGGCCGACCGCGGGGACUCCCGGCGCAGCUGGCACGAGGAGAGCUCCUUCGAGAAGCAGUUCAAGCGCAGGAGCUGCCAGAUGGAGUUCGGCGAGAGCAUCCUGUCGGACAACAGAUCCAGAGAGGAACUGGGCAAAGUAGGCAGUCAGUCGAGUUUUUCAGGCAGCAUGGAAAUCAUUGAGGUGUCCUGAGGGGCCUCCGGAGGCUCGUGUGACUGUGGCACAGCUGCUUCGCCUUCCCGGCCGCUCCCCCAGCGUGUGAGAGGUCCCUGUAAAUCUGAAACUUUGGGUAAAAAGGUGGAGGGAGGGGAAGAAACGGAGGCUCUGCUGUGAGCCAGGGAAAGGUUGGUGCUGCAGGGAAGUGACCGCGGCCUCUGCCCGAGGAGACCAAGCGUGCUGCUGGGCUUCUCCCCUCCCCGGGAGAAGGGCGGAACAUUUCACAGGCCUUUCCCUGUCAGAGGAAACAAUUCUGUGCGAUGGAUUGCACAUCCUUUCAGCGGCUUUUAACAAGGAAGCUCCCUUGGUGUCAAACCCUUUGCCUGGUUCCGCUGAACCACGCUCCUACCUGUCAGAACUAGUCUUGUUCUCCCCUCCCCGUGCCCCAUGUCUUCACCAGUGCACCUUAGCCCUGACACUGAGCCAACCUCUGGAGGGAGACUUUUCCUGUAAGAAAAGGAGACUGGGAGCGAUUCCAAAGGCCAUAGGGACCGGUUACAGCAAGGCUGGUCUGAACACACCGUUCAGACAAAUGUAAAUACUGGUGUAACUAUUGUUCUAAUGGAUAGGCUUUAGGUGAUUCGCUAGAGAGCUGCUUCAGAGAAAAAAAAAAAAAAAAAAAAAAAAAAAAACACAAAAAAAACAAAAAAAACCCAGUACCUCAAAAAUACAUAAACUAGGGCUUUAUGGCUGCCACAUGCUGGUAGUCAGUUCAUAAGCAAUGUGAACAAGUAAUGACUGGCCACAUUUGAUUUUUUUUUUUUUAAAGCUGUCUACGCACAAGUGUUUCAGUUGGCUCAGCAGUUCUUAAAAGAUGAAUGAACCAUAUUUAGGACUGUUUCCCUCAGUCUUUUGAUACAGUAUUGGUAUUUUUGAUAUUAAGUUGGCUUCUGGGAGAGGGGUAGCUGCUUUGGCUUCUAAGCUAUAAAGAAGUGGUUGAUAGGUUGAGCUACAUGAAAGAGAAGUGGGUGGUACAAGUGGCCACGACACACUUUUCUUGCCCAAUAACAAUUCAGUUGCUGAAAAACAAUUCAAAUGUUUGGAGGUUGGUUUUUUUUAAGGUAAAAAUGAGCUGGGGUGGGCUUUUGUUCUUAACUGAGCAGUUCCAGGGUGGAACUGCAGACGCUCAAGGCUGUACGAUGUCCUCACACUGAGUACCCCAGGGCAAACACCUCCAGCUCGAGGAGGUGUCACAGCCCUGGUUUCACAGGAGAUGAGGCACAGCCCUUCCCAUGUUUUUGACAGUGACCCAGCUGCUUUCCCUCCCACCUUGGCUGCUGCUCACCUUGGGCUACUUGUGCACGUUGUCAUGAGAGGUUUAUGGUCAGCCAGAGGUGGUACCAGAGCCACUGUGUAAAGCUACGUCCUUCCUGCCCCCAGGGCCUUCCCCAACACCCCUCAGAACACAUGUGUUGAGGGGCAACUAUAUUGUUUUGUCCCAUUUCAGUGCAGGCAGCUGAAAACUGUAGUAACAAAUAAUUUACCCUGGCCAACAGCUUUAAAAAAAAAAAAACUUGUCAGCAGCAAACUGAAGCCCUAAUUCAAGUCAGCAGCUUGGGUUAUGUGUGGGUUUUUUUUACUGUAAGUUUAGCUAGUUUGUGACUCAAAUCUCAGGUUUUACUAUAUUGAAAAGUGGAGAAGAUUUCUGUCAUUGUUUUGUUUUGUGGCUAGGAUGUGACUUUAAUUUCCUACAAUGGACCGUUGAAAAUAGCACUGAAAGCUACAGCAUUGAUUAACUUGAUCCUAAGAAGUGCAAAAGGCACAGAGAGAGGAGGCACCAGGAGUCACUGAGCCCAGAGGCUCUUUGUGCAAGAGGCUGGACAAAGGGCCUAGGCAAGGGAGAGGCUGACAUCACCCUGGACACUGUGUCAGGUGCUGGCUGUUCAUUGAACGUGCUGCCACUUGUCUCUGUUUACAUCUCCAGUGGAAGUGAUUACAUCACAACUAUUUUCAGCUGUGUGUAUUUGCCUGUGUAAACAGCUGAACAGGGCUCCUCUCUGUCACAUUUCAGGAAAAGCCCGUGGCUUUGAUUUAAACCAGUUAAUGGGAGUUAACAGGUAUCAAUCCCUAGAGGCAGAAACAGAUUCUUCCUCCUUUGUGCUCCUUCAGACAUGCGUGUUCUCCCCUUCUUUGUACGUUUGGAGUUGGUUUGGUUGAUGGCCUGCUGAGGAACUGAGAGCUGGUCUUGUGGCUCCUCAUGAUUCCCAGUGUGUUCUGGAUGAAUCCAAGGUGUAGGCUCAGUACUCACAGGGGACAGGUUCCCACAGGAGGAAGCCUUAACCCCAUGUCCUGCACAGGGUGGUGCCCUGGCUCAUACCUGGACUAGAGUCCUGUCCCUGAACAAUACUGGAAAUGGUUAGCAGAAGUCUGGAAAGCAAAGCGGAGGAUGUGAGAGGGGAAAAAUGUGUUCAUGUUCAAUAUGAAUAUAAUGUAUGGCAUUUGGUGUGUGGCAUACUUGGCAUGUUUGGUGUGUGGCAAGCUGGUGAAAUGGUUCAGAGAGAUGUGAGUUUCUCAUCUUGUUGUGUCAUGAGCAUUACCUGUAUGUUAUGAUGAAAUAAAAUCAGAAAUGGUACCUGUUUAUACAGAA